AGGAACAGUUGCUUUCUGUCACAGAUUUCCUUCCAUUUUCAUUUCCGAAACUCGUGACGGAAACACAACAACAGUAGACGUGUCGAGCACGCGCUCGGUCGUAAGAAAACAAUCUUGUGCUAAAAUGGGAGUUUCAGAUGGAAGCUCGUUGGUGCAAAUGUGCAUCGUGAAAGUGGCUCAAAACAUUGAUCUAUUAGAAAGAAAGGUUUUGAAUCUGCCUGUCUCUCUCCUGAAAGACUUACUGCCACAUCUAAACAUUUACUAUCUGGACAGGAUUGAAACGGCUGCUGCCACUAAAGGAAUCUCCACCUCUGUAAUUUGGGCAAAAAUAUGGAGAGAUCUGGAUCAGACGUGGCGCUGGAGAUCGAAGUCAGCGCCGCUCUCUCAGGACUGGAAGCAGCGAUGUUUGGAAAGGCUCUUUCACAUGGUCAUGUUCACCCAGGUCAGUCGAGGAGGGUCGUACCUUUCCAACCUCAGCGAUUCCUCCAUCCUCUCCAUGACCGUGAAGCACGUCAGGGUCCUCUCUCUAAACACCUCAACCAAAAACAUCUGCAGGCUCGCAUCCGGUGCCCUGCGGCCCAUCCUGAGCACCCUUGAAUCGGGCGUGACGUCCCUCAGAUUACUGGAUGCCAAUGCUCUACUAAAACAGGGGCGGAAAUACGUGUUGUUCAUCCUCCACCGGCUCCUGGACCACGGCUCUGUCAGAGAAGUGGUUCUGAGAAGAAACUCAGAUUCAUCUUUUCUGCGCUGGCUCAUAUCCAGGCACAGGGGUCCUCAGGGGUCAUCAGUGCCCCACGCUGACGCCCAUUGCUCAGAUGACGGAGAGCUGGAGGAACCCGCAGCCAAACGUCUCGCUUUGGACGCGGAGGAAAAUCCAGAGGUUUUGUGCCGCGAGUUUUCAUCCUUUAGCAGCCCUGCUGACCACUGCCCUGAAGGUCAGAUCCACUCGUUUGAUUUUGAAGUGUCCAAAUGUGAAAUCCUGACCACGGUGUCACCUCUCUUGCCUACAUGGUUGUGUCUUCACACACUACAUCUUCAUCACAGCGACUGGCUCAUUCACGAGGAGGAGAUGUCAGUGUUGGUGGAGUCUCUCAGACGCUUGUUCCUGAACCCCGGCUGCUCUCUCACAGAUCUCAGUUUAAGUCACGUUUGCGGUCACACACACUUGAUCGGCGUGCUGAGAGCGUGUCCGAGUCUCUUGAGCCUUUCUCUGGAGAUCUGCCCUCCUGCCGACAGAAACACACACAGGCUGCAGACGUGCUUCACUCAGAGCAGACAGCUGUGUCUGGAGAAGCUGUCGGUCAAAUCCACGGGUCCGAUGACCGUCAAGUGUUUUCUUCCGGCGCUGACGUGGACGCCCAAACUCACCAGCCUUCAUCUGUCAGGAACACGCCUGUCUCCACGCUUCUUCCACACAGUAGCAGAAUCGAAUCCUUUACUCAAAGUAUUAAACCUGGAAGACGUAAACCUAGCUGACUAUCACCAGGAGAUCCUCCAUUUCCUGGAAUAUUCUGUGUUAGAAGAGCUGUCCUUGAACGACUGUCGGCUGCUGGAUAAGUGUACCGUAAAGAAGGACUUCCUGUUGCCGUUUGUUGAAGUGCUGAGAGGGGUCUCGUCCCUCCAGAGCCUGACGCUGGCCCAGAACCGACUCGCAUCAGGUGUCAUCGAGUUGGCCAACUUAUUCUCAGGAUGCCGUCCCAGCCAAAUCACAAAAUUAGACCUUAGCUCAAACUUCAUUCUCCCUGCUGAACUUCUGGAGUUUGCACAGCUGCUGGAAACAUGCAGACCGGUUCAGCGACUGACCCUAGACCUGCGCUUUAAUCCACUGGAUCGUGACCCUGAGGUCAAAGGUCAAGCUCUGCGCAAGCUCAUCCCGCACUGUAACAUAUUAACGGACGACUGGGACUCCAGGUCCACCAUGGCGGAUCACGUCAGUGUGAUGUGACAAACUCUUUAGCUCCCUCGUGAAAGACAUGGAACAAAAUCAUGCAGACGUGACCGAGACACCUUGGAUAUAGUUCACGUUUAAUGACGCCGAUAGGGACAAACAUCGAAUGUGUCUAAAUGCUCCGAAUAAAUAAAAUGAAAGUACAAGGAAGAGAACUUAAUUACAGUGUACUAUCCUACAGUUUCCAGAUCAGCUGCAGUGUUCAACCUGUAUGAUGCGAUGUGUUCGUUCAUGACGCUCAGACGACUCCUCUCUGGUCCUCAUGCGAGCGCUGGUGAAAGACGAAGGAGACGGCAGCGUCCCAGGACGCCUGCAGCACCGGGUCCCUCAGGCCUCUUUUGUCUGAACAGUGCUGCCAGUUGGACAGGUCGCUGGUGCAGUCCGAAUCAUCUGGAGGAGGGCGCACCUGACGAUUGUUUACACAGCGCCUACAGCGAAACCUGACACACACAAAAAGGGAUUUAAACACAAAUGCCCUCAUCCAUGAAUAAAUUAAUGAUUCAUUUAGGAAUACUUUAGCUGUGUUGCUGUGAGUAAGCAAUUGAGUAGACUAAGAUUCAUCGAGAGUGAAAGCCAUUAUCCCACUCAUCCAGCAUAUUUGUGGCGGUGUGUGAUGAUGCUGUAUGGCAGUGGUUCACAAACAUUAGGCUAAUUUCACCAAUACAUUAGGAAUACUUUUAGCUGUGUUGCAAUGUGUCAUGAGUAAUCCCACCGAGGCAUUUAACCCCCUAUGAUGCGUCACUGAAUAAAACGUCCGAUUUUGUCAAA